AUGAACAUACGAGGGGUGCGAUGGUUCUCCUUGAGAAAUGCUAGUAAAUAUGUGUUGCCGAAGGGGUACCAACCCCAAACGACUAUCAUCAAGACUGUGCUGUUUAAGGAGAGCUUGUCGAUAUGGUGGCAGUCAUUAUCGUCAAACAGACUAGAGACGUUGCAAGCAGAAUUGGUGGAAUUAAUGCUUCCAAAUGUAGAUGCAAAUUCACGUAUACAAAAGGGGGACAAGAAAGUGCCAAUUGGUGAUUCGGAGUAUAUAAACGAAGUACAGUUCAAGAUCAUCAACGGUGCAAGCCUACCAACAAAGCAUAUUGUUUUCAUUCAUGGAUAUGGUGCAUCGUUGGGUUGCUUUGCUCGGAACUUUCAACUCAUUGACAGAUUCAAAUCCAGCAAAAAGUACAACUACCACGUCCACUUCCUCGACAACAUCACAUUCGGACUAUCAUCUAAUCCAAAGAUUGACAAUGAGAAAAUUAGUUGGCGAAUACCACCAACUGCUAAGAUCAAACUAAUUGAUAAUGGACCAACUGAUCCCAAGAAAUUGUAUCGUAAGUAUUAUAAGCUCAUUGAAGGGUUUCAGUUAGACCCAGAUAACUUUGCUCAAUAUCAACAACAUUUCAAACCGAUUUUGCAAGACAUGGAGAAAUUCUACACUACAGCAAUUGACAAUUGGAGAGAGCUGUGGGGAAUUCCCAGGAUUGACUUUUUGGUAGGCCAUUCAUUUGGUGCAUACUGGAGUGCUUCAUACUCAUUGGUCAACCCGGACAAAGUAUCAAAUCUUAUCUUGUUGUCUCCAGUGGGUCUUGAACGUCAUGUAAUGGCGAUAACUAAUGAUGACAAAAUCACAUCUGACAUUGUCAAACCAGUUUUGGAUCCAACUUCGUACAAGUUUCUCAGUCGGUUUCCCAUUUUAACAAGGGAUCAUAUAUUGAACUGGUACUAUAAGAUCCCAUUUUUGCCUCGUGUGUUGCCCUUCUUAGGCCCAUGGGGUGUGCAAUUAUACUUUGGAAUGUGGUUAUCAAAACUAUCUAAAAUCAACAAGUUGAUACAAAAGCAUGGCGGACCAGAAUGGAUUUUUAAUAGUGUGAACGACUUGGUUUAUGGUACUCCUAAGGAGAUUAAGCUCAUUGUGGAGUAUCUAUACAAUUCAGUAUCUAAUGGAACCAACAGUGACAUUUAUGUGAAAUACUUAUUAACACCCGCCACAGUGAGCAAAUGGCCUUUGUACGACAAAUUCAUAACCAAGAUGAACAUGGACCCAGGAGCAUUCAAAUUCAACACGUUUCUAUUCUACGGACAAUACGAUUUUAUGAAUUCAGAAGCUGGACAGAAGCUCAUCGAUAGGUUGAGCAAGGAAUUGCCGGCUAGCAAAUUUAGAUAUGAUGAGAUUGCAGAAGGAGGACACAACUUGUACAUUGACAACCCAUUUGACACCAAUAGAAAGAUCUACGAGAUUGUAAUGGAAGAAGAGAACAAUAAGUAG